AUGCCGAUUUUCACGCAACAUCCAGGUGAAGAGUUCCACAUGCCACCGCCACCGCCGCCUUGGGCACGAAGCUACGAGGGAUCUCUUCCUCGUCGAGACCUUGGCUGCGCCAACUACCUGCCGCCACUACACCAACCGCUGCCGUCGUAUCCGCUGUCUUCACGUCAUCCGCCAUGGCCGUAUCAUUAUCAUGAUGCUCCAGACUACUAUCAAGACCUGGAGAGCUUAACCGCCGGGGUUAGAGCUGAAGAAGCUGCUCCGCAUCACCCGUCUUGGUCGUACCGGCUGUAUUUCGUCGUACUUGCAGGGAUGGGAGAUGAUUUGUCACGGUAA